AUGAUGGACCCGGAUCGCGACGAACGCGACAAACGGUGCGCCGCCCUCGCGGGCGUGCCCCAGCAAGUCUCGGCCGAUUUGUGCUUUUCCAUGUGGAUUCCAGCACGCGACCUGGCCGUCUCUUUCUCGGAUACCGAGAUUAUGACCUCGCUCGGCUCGACGCCACAGUCCCCUCUGUGGUCGAAGAGCCUGGAGCACCUGCGCGACUUCAAGGCGAUUCCCCGGGCGGGGAUCAGCUUUGUCUGUACGGACCGCGAGGUCUGUACUAAACUGGGCGGUGAGGCUGUGACCAUUUGUGGGCGCAAAUUCACUGUCCAGGCGUACUCGAAGUACUCCCACUGGUACUACGUGGACCUGCAGCGCCUCCCCGACGACGUCUCCGACGGGACGAUCUACGACUGGUUCGCUGGCCAAGGCACUCCUCCGGUGUUUAUCACGCCGGCCCACAUCGUGGGUGGACUCCGGUCCAGCAGCCGCCGGGUGUAUUUCGCCCAAAAAACCGCCCCGGCUUCAGUGAUGAUCGACAAACGCACCCCGCUCCGCCAGAUCCAGUUCCUGGGUCAAGGCUACUCGGUGGUGCACCACCGCCGCCGAGAGUACAACCGUGUGAUUCCGCCCUUUAUUAAGGAGCUGCGCGCCAAGCAUCGGAAGCCCGCUGAGCCUCAGCCGGACCCCCCGAGCCCCGACGCCGACGACACCGCAAGUACGCCUCCGGCUUUUGAUGACCAGAGCGACACGAGUGAAAAUGCCGCCAUGGCUGACGCGUCUGACUCGGAUUUUGAGCCACAUAGUGGGGAUGAGUCUGAGUCGGAUUCCAGCCAGAGCGGUUCGAUGGAUGGGAUUGAGGUGGCCAUUGAGGUCCGCCGCAAGGCCAUCGGGCCCUCCGGGAACCCCCCCAAGUUCCCGGUUGCCCCCACCAAGUCCUCUGACUUCGCCCCCGAUCGAGUACUGCGGGCUAAGCGCCUCAUCUUUGGGGAGGCAGCUAACCCCGCGAAGGAAUGGCGCAGUCUUCCUCCCUCCCAAAAGGAUUAUCCAGUCGUCUCUACUGUCAACUCGUAUGAGUGGCUGGCCACUGGGGAGGGUGGUAGCAUCCCCCCGGACCAGGAUAUUAUUCUCUGGGACCGGUCUCAGACCCCCGCCUCCUCUGUGGGGUCAUAUGUAGCGAAGGAACUUACUGCAGAAACCGCCCACAACUCCGUAGUGUACCAAGGCUCGGUAGAGGAACUUUCCCUCAAAAACCUCUGUUUGGUUAUCAAGGAAUUUUUGGGCUCCUUUGAAUCGAACCCGGACCCCGACACGGCAAUCUCGUCUGUCCAAGCGCAACCCAGUCUGCACCGAGCAUUUGGACACGCGGUCCUGCGUGAACUUGCAACCCGCCCGUUCGAGCCGGAAGGUGACACCACGGUCUAUGGCCGGCUGUCGAGCCAGCUUCCAGACCUGGUAACAACUGACCUCCAAGAAGCGCUGGGCCUCUUCUACCCGGACGAAGCCCAGUUUUGGCUCAAGGUCAAGUUGGCUGAGUUCGAUCUGGCACUGCAGAUUAUUGCACCCAGCAUCUACCUCGACCCGUUUAAAAUGGGUGCGUUUUUGGGUAAGGCAGCAUCGGCACUGCCCCACCCUCUGUGGCUCCUGUGGGAUGAUUCAACCCUGGCCUCUAUCAUCAUGUCGCCUUUACUGGACCGCAUCUUGACUGGGCCUCUCCCCGCCGACCUUCGCGAAACCAUUGAGUACCUACGCAACCAGGCCACCUCGGUGCCACCUUCCUCUGUUCCCACUCACCUCUAA